AGACAGCCUGCUGGAGGAGUCUGCAUUUAUUCCCAGACAGCCAAGCAAACAAUCAGCAGACUGACCCCAACAAACCCAUGAGUUUGAACAGGCGCAGCAGCAGUUGGUUAUCCCAAGUCCUCAAAGACUUCAUGGCAGAGCACUUCAGGCUUCAGUCAAUGAGAUGAUAGGUUGUUCCACUAGUUUUACCAGUCCUGUUUGUUUUUCCACAUAGUUUCCAUUGAGGGAGCAACAGUCAGUCCGUGAGUCUGUUAAGUUAGUCCAAGAUGAGCCUGAACGUCCCAGGACUGGUGGUGAUGGUGUUCUUCUACCUGCUGGUGCUGGGCACCGGCAUCUGGGCCUCCAUGAAGUCCAAGCAAGUGCACAAAAGCAGCCAGGCAGACCAGACAGAGGUCACUCUGCUGGGCAACAGAGGCAUCAGCCUGGUGGUGGGAGUCUUCACCAUGACAGCUACAUUUGUUGGAGGGGGCUUCAUUGUUGGUCUGACAGAGGCAGUAUACACUCCAACCAUGGGACUCACCUGGGCUGUCAUGCCAAUGACAGCAGCCCUGUCUUUCAUUGUUGGUGGACUCUUCUUUGCCAAGACAAUGAGAGACCAAAAAUAUGUGACAAUGAUGGACCCGUUCCAGAUCAAGUAUGGAAAUGUAAUAAGUGGAGUUCUGUCUGUGGUACUGUUGACAUCUGACAUAAUCUGGGUAACAGGAACUCUAAUUGGUUUAGGUGCAACAAUGAGCGUGAUCCUGGAUUUGUCCUAUACUUUCUGCAUUUGGAUCUCUGCCGCAGUAGCCAUCAUCUACACACUACUGGGAGGCCUCUACUCUGUGGCCUACACAGACAUCAUACAGCUAACACUCAUAUUCUGUAGCCUGUGGUUAUGUGUCCCGUUCAUCCUGAUGAGCCCCCAUUCAGUUGACAUCACCAAGACCGCUUUCAAGUUUACCUACCAGGCUCCCUGGAUCGGUUCGGUGGAUAAAGACAGAGCUUGGAGAUGGAUUGAUAAUUUUUUGAUAUUGGCUCUGGGUAAUCUGGGAUAUCAGGACUUCCACCAGAGGACCCUGUCAGCUUCCUCGUCAGCCACAGCCAGGAUCACCUGCUUCAUUGCUGCUCCCCUCAUCUUCAUACUCGGAGUCCCGUCUGUGUUGAUCGGAGCAGUUGCAGCAUCAACAGACUGGAACAUGACCGAGUACGGCUCCCCGUCCCCAUACGAGCGUGGAGAGGCCAGUCAGGUUCUGCCUAUUGCUCUGCAGCACCUCACCCCACACUACAUCUCCAUCAUCGGUAUCGGAGCUAUAGCUGCUGCCGUGAUGUCGUCAACAGACUCGGCUUUACUGUCAGCCGCCUCCAUCUUCACAAACAACAUCUAUAAGAACAUCCUGAGGACCAAGGCCUCAGAUAGGGAGCUCCAGUGGGUGAUCCGAGUCACCGUGGUGUUGGUGGGCUUGGCUGGCACGUCGCUCACCUUCCUCAAUAACAGCAUCAUGGUUUUCUGGAUCCUGGGCUCAGACAUAACCUACACCAUCAUGUUCCCUCAACUCGUCUGCGUUCUCUUCUUUAACAUCUGUAAUUGCUACGGCUCCAUCAUGGGCCUGCUUGUUGGACUGUCAUUGAGACUUCUGAGCGGUGAGCCGUCCAUAGGUUUGCCUGUUGUUCUCCACUUCCCAGGAUGCACUCUUGAGGACGGUGUUUAUGUCCAGCGCGCUCCUGUUAGGACUAUCUGCAUGUUGUCCACCAUCUUUGCCACUUUGCUGUUCUCCUACCUGGCUUCACUGCUCUUCAGAAAACGAGUGAUUCCCGAGAGGUGGGACGUGUUUAACGUGACAACCCCGAAGCAGCCGCAGAACCUAAUAUCAAUGAGCAAUGGCACCAUCAUAACAGGCGGGGAGGAGAAACCGGAAGUUCAGAAUGAGACUGAAUUGAUGUUGACCACAAUCAGCAGGACAGAGAGAGAAAUCAUUUAAUGGGAUGCUAAUAUGUUUUGUAUAGAGCUAUCUUAUCACGUCUUUAUUUUUAUACCAAAUACUUCCGUUACAUCGGCACAUGAUGUAACACUAUGGUGACUGGGCCUGUAGCCCUCGGAUGAAAGUAUUGCAAUAUUUAUAUAUUUGCAGUAUUAUAAACUGGUUGUCUGUGGCGAUAUUAUAAAAGGCUGUAUUAAGGUACUGCUAAUGCAAACCGAACAUUUACUACUGCUAACCCUCACCCUGACUUCUUUAUUAAAAUGACAACACUUUGUUUAGCUGCCUCUGGAAUUCUGUAACCAGACUAACUUUAAUCUUUAUUAUUUUCUUACGGGAUGGGGUCAAAAAUCAUCACUUGCAUCCAGUGCAUGUGUUAGUGAAUUUAUGAAUUUAUGAAUUUAUAUGUGUUAGGGAAUGUAUUGCUUUGGUAGUGAUGGACAGUCACAGUAACUGGAUUUACUUAAGUACUGUUCUUAUGUGCAAUUUUGAGGUACUUUUCAUGAGUAUUUCCAUUUUCUGUUAAUUUAUACUUCUACUACUAUAUAUUAGAGAGGGAAAUAUUGUACUUUUUACUCCACUUCCCUACUUUUAGUAGAACCUUCAGGGAACAUUCCUUUAAGGUUCUCUCAAUGUUAUAUUUUAUCUUUAAAACUGAAAUCUGCAGUGAAAAGAUUGAAAUAGGUCCUUUUUUAAAUUUAAUUUCAAUUCAUAGUAUAGUCGUGUACUGUAUUGUUACUUUUACUGAGACCAUCUGAGUACUUAUUCCAUCACUGUGCUUUGGUUAGUUUAUUGUAAAUUUUAAGUGGGGUAUGUAUUAACUGAUCCUGUUGACUUUUGUUGCUGGUACAUGAUACGGUGGUUAUUUUAUGUUUAACUAGUAUCAAGAUUCCCAUAUUGUAUCACAAUCAGCACCUGUGUGUUUUGUUACUCUUAUCACCCUCCCAGUAAGAGGGAAAACUGGAGGUGGCAGCUAAAAAAAUAAAAAAGUAGAAUUAGA